UGUAGACGAGGUUGAUAAGUUCCCGGAUAAACCCAGACAUAUGUUACCCAUAACACUGAACAUUGCUUGCAUGUUAGUUGUACAUAUUGGUGAGAGUUUAAUCUUAAGAAUGGCUGCCACAGACAUUUAUAAACAUGGAGGCCAUGGUCAGCGUCUACAUUAUGGCUUCAAAUGUGUUCGGCUUCUAUAGCUAGAUAAAAACCCAUGGCGAAUGAACAUUUUCUGUGUGGAAUACAAAUAUUGAAGACAAAAUUAAAAAGAGGUCUGGAUCUCAGCACACGAAGACCUCUUCAGCCUGGAGCUUUUACCAAUCCUCGUAAAGGAAAAAAACAACUUUACGUUCCUGGAAAUACGUCGCCGUCAGAUUAAUUGAGCAACCAUGGAGAUAACGGAAGCUGCUGACAGUGUUCUGGAUAUGCCGUGUUCGUGGCGGGAAUACGUGGCCAAUGUUUUCCUGGAGAGUGGACAUGUGAACAGGGCGGCCAUUGUAGGACAGGAUGGACGACGGUGGGCAGCAUCACCAGCAUUUGACGUCACUUCCUCCGAGGUUCAGGCAAUUCAAGAUGGGUUUGUGGACCCCUCGUCGAUACGGACGUUAGGGAUAAGUUUGAGUAACAAACGGUAUACAUGUACCCGACAGGAUAGCACGGUGAUGGUUGGGAGGGACAGUGCUACAGGGUUCGGUUGUGUCAUCUACAAGUGCAAGUUGUGUCUCCUAAUAGGCGUGUACGAGGAAUCUGGUCACCCAGGGGGAUGCUACAGCAUGCUGGUCAAGGUCGGAGAUUAUCUUAAGGAUCAGGGAUAUUGAUAUCCGGAAACAUAUAUAGGAUAUGAGUACCAAGGAACCGUAUCUAGAAGGAAAUAGCUACGACCAGCAGGGGACUUUAUAUCGGGGAAUUUUCAGACCCACCAAUGUCGGUAACCACGUCGAAGUACUACGAUGUGUACUUGAGGCUGUAUCAUUUACAUUGAGCUGAGUGCUUCCGGAGACCAAGUCAUUGACCAGUUGUAACUAAAGGCCAUAUCAUGGACCAAGUGUUCCCGGUGCCGUCUAAUGAUGGCCUAAGUGUUCACCUGACCGUAGAACCAUAGACUCAGUUUUCCCGGAGACCAUAUUAUGGAUCAAGUGUUCUUGAAUUCCAUAUUUAUGGGGCCGUAUAGUCUUGGAUAGCGUGUUGUCUGUACCUCAAAGCCUUUGACACAGUGUCACUUGGGAAUAUGUCAUGGACGUAGUGUCCAUGGAGUCCAUAUCAUGGACCAAGGGUUCCCGGAGACCAUGUGCACAUCAUGGACAAAGUGUUUCUGGAGGUCAUGUCAUGGACCAAGUGUUCCCGGGUCGUAUAGUUAUGGACUAAUUUACACCGGGAACCAUAUAUAGGACCAGUUGAGCCCGGGACUGUAUUGUCUAUCAUGGACCGAGUGAUCCGGGACUGUAUAGGUAUGGACCAAUUGUUCUUUGUACCUUAUAGUCUUGAACUAAGCGUCAAUGGAGGUCAUAUCAAGGACAAACUGUCCCUGGAGGCCCUAUCAUGGAUAAACUGUCCCCGGAUGCCAUAUCACGAAGCAUGUGUUCCUGGAGACCUUAUCAUUGACUGAUUGUUCGGGGAGAUCAUAUAAGUGGCCAAGUGUUCCCCGGGAACCCGAGACAUAUCACAACCCACCAACACAUGUGAAUUAGAGUUCACAACGACUUUAACAUAGAAUAAGUGGAACGACGAUUCGGAAACGCUGUGGAAAAAGAAUGGUAAUCGGAGUAUUAACAACACGUCCGGUUGGUCUAGCUAUAAAAACAACAUCAGAAAUCAAUACCAAUUACCUUCAAGCUAAUUAUGUGUAAUCAGGGUUCACUGUACGUGAUUGCGUGGUUUGUCGAUCUUAUUGAAUACACACAACGUGUUCAACUGGGCGAACUGAAGGAUGACUAACUAUCAAUUAACCUAUAUUUAGAUUUUUUGUUUUGACAUUUCAAGCGUUUUGUGAUAUUGAUGCGAAUGUAAGAUCUGAAUGACCAUGAUUCUGAGAAUCGUGACUGUGUGAUGUUAAAAGACUGUAAUCAAGUUGAUUUGUAUUUAAUUGACUGCCAAAGAGCAAAGAACCAUGACACAUCAAGAGCGAGGAGGGAAAUCAAUCCAAGGUUCCAGCAUAAUGAGAAAUUCUCCUUGUUUUCUGUCUCACCAAGUUGAUAAACGCGCGAGCGCAAGCAAAAUGGAUUUAUAAUAUUGAACAGAUGCUCCAGUUGACAUCAUGCCUUGAUGUUUUACUUAUAACCGAGAUAUAUAAUAAGCAGUUGUAUUCUGGUACACUUGCGGCAGUUUACGUCAUGCUUAGAUGGAGCAAUUUAGUUAUUCUGGCUAACUGACAUUGAAAAGUAAACAGUGAAAGUCUGAUAAACUGUCGUCAGCAAAUAUAUAUUCAAUACUCGCUGACACAAUAGAGUGACGCAAAGUCGUUAUAUGGAAUAUCGAUAACACUUAAGGGUGAAGCAAUGUCGUUAUAAGGAAUAUGGCGAUAACACUCAAGGGUGAAGUAAUCUCGUUGUGAAAAUAGCGAUAACACUACAAUGUCAUAAUAAAGAAUAACGAUUACACUUAAGAUUGAAACAAUGUCGUUAUAAAGAAUGACGAUAACACUAGAAUUAAGCAAUGUCGUCGUCAUAAUGAAAGGCGAUUGAAUAGAGUGAAGCAUUGUUGUUAUAAGGAAUGUGUCAUUGAUGUAUGAAAUUGAUCAACCAGUCAUAAUUACACCUAUUACCGGACAUGUGAGCACGUCCGAGCGUACAUGUGUACGAGAAUAAUCAGUAUUAAGACUAAGAUUUGACAAAGAAUAGGAUAAAUCUGUGUACAUGAUGGUAUGAAUACAGCUGUUCAUUAUUAAUAGCCGUAGGUAAAAAAAAUUAACAUCUGAUUUUAAUGAGAUUGACACAAUACCAUAAAGGUGUAUUGGGCAUCAAAUCUGUACAAUGACGGUGUAUGUCUUCCCCUGUAGACUAUAUAGAAUGGGUCAUUUUAAAGUUAGUCGCCGUAUAAUGUGAUAAUGUGACAGGUCUCACAUGUGGAUAAGGCACGACCUUGGCUAAAUUACAGUUCCCAGAGGAAAUUAUUGGCUUCCUUGAAACCCCGAAUAAUAUAAACAUCAUAACUGAAUUAGCAUGCUUUUGUGUAGAUAGGUCAGUUUUGGUCGCCAUUCAAAUCUUAUUAUAAGCACUGAAUACCAAGUACAUUGUAGUUCCGUUUAGUAGACAAGAUUGUCGAGUCGCCUUGAGGCUAAUCUUUGAGUUCAGAUAAGGCAGCGCCUAGACACGAGAGGGUGUGCUUGAUUCGAAAAUGUGCUUGGGAGUUUGCUUGAUGGGAGGACAUGUAAUAUGGGAGGGCGUGUUUGUUUGAAUGAUGUGCGUGACUCGAGGUUGUGCUUGAUGUCAGGAUGUGCUAUAUUAAAGAGUGCGAUUGAUCGGAGGGUGUAUUUUUUGGGAAAGUGUUCUUGAUUACAGAGUGUGAUUGAUUGGAGGGUUUGUUUGGUGGCAAGUUGUUCUUGGAAGGUGUGCUUGAUUUGAGGGUGUACGUGACGGGAGGUUGUACACGUAUGUAGGGGUGAAACAGGGGUGAAACAGGGGUAAUGCGUGUAUAUACAGACAGAUCGAUAUAUGUGUUUGUUCAUGUCGAUCAAAUUAAGGGUUAGCGUUGCUCAUUUACUCUUAUCUCAGUGUAAUAGUGCGCAAUACUUAAUACGGUAUACUUCAACAUACCACUGGUUUAUUUGUAAUGCGCUGAGCUAGCGUCACGGUUUUAGCUCUGUAAUAAUAUUAAAAUUUGA